AUGACCCGCCUUCCAGCUGCUGCUGCGCAGCCUACGGAGACCCAGGGGGGCCCCCCAUCAGGGGCCCCCCAACCAGGGGGCCCCCCUGUGGGGGCCCCUGUUACUCAAGAUGCAGAAGAGAGCGAGACGCAGGGCGGUUCCCCUUCUGCUGCUGCUGCACCUGAAGCAGCAGCAGCAGAUGCUGCUACUGCUUCUGCUGCAGCCACUGCUCGUGAACAAGUAGCAGCAGGUGCAGCUGCUGCUGCUCCUUCUUCCCCUGAAGCAGCAGCAGCAGCAGCAGCAGCAGGAGCAGGAGCAGGAGUUGUUGCAGGGGUGAAGCAAGCCUGCUCAUCAUGGGCUUCUUCUGGCAUGCGUCUGGUGGCUCUGAGUGCUCUGCGGAUGCGGGCGGGGCCCCUGAGGGGGGGGGCCCCCAGGGGGGGCCCCCCUGGGGCGCGUAGGAACGAGGGGGGGGGGCCCCCCCUGCCUCGUGUGCGGGUAUUCCCAGGGCUGAACUCGCCACGAGCAGAGCAGUUUGCUGCUGUUGUGCUGCUGUUGGUGACAGCUCUCUGUGCCUUUGUUGCAGUUGCAGGGGACCUGCUGGCUGCUGCUCUGCUGCUUGUCUCCUUGCUGCAGCAGGCGUGGGCCCUUGUCUGUGUAUCGGGUAGACAUAUGACAGAGUGGCUAGCUGGCUUCUACAGCUAG